GUCACAAGGAUUUAGUUCUACGUCUAAUUAGGUGACAAGUGAAAUCUGUGGAAAUUAUUUAUUUAUCAUAGGAUAGAUCACGAAAAUGUCGUUUUUUGGAGUAGGGAACCCAUUUGCUACGCCGGUUGGUCAGAAGAUAGAACAAGCUACCGAUGGAUCUCUACCAUCAGAGAAUUGGGCCCUUAAUAUGGAGAUAUGCGAUAUAAUAAAUAGUAGCACUGACGGACCCAAGGAUGCAAUUAAGGCCAUAAGAAAGAGGUUGACUCAAAGUGCAGGCAAAAACUACACCGUUGUCAUGUAUACACUAACUGUAUUGGAAACCUGUGUUAAAAAUUGCAGCAAAACAUUUCAUGUUCUAGUAUGCAAUAAGGAGUUUAUAUCAGAACUGGUCAAACUCAUUGGACCCAAAAAUGAUCCACCGACUGUGGUACAGGAGAAGGUUCUCAGCCUCAUUCAAUGUUGGGCGGAUGCUUUCCAAAACCAACCUGAAUUACAGGGCGUUGGUCAAGUGUAUAAUGAAUUGCGCAACAAAGGUGUCGAGUUUCCAAUGACAGACCUAGAUGCGAUGGCGCCAAUUUUCACACCGCAGAGGAGUGUGAUUGACGGCGGGGAGCCGGUAGUUGGUUCUCCACAACGUACUAUUCCGCAGAACUCUCCAAGUCGACCAUCUCAGGAGCAAGUCGUAGGGACAAUUCUGUCAGACAGUCAGAGCAGUAAGCUGCGGGCGGACCUGUCAGUGGUUGAGGGGAACAUGACAGUCAUGAACGACAUGCUGACCGAACUCACAAGCCUUCCAUACACACAGCAUCACGAACAAGACAUCGAACUACUGAAUGAGCUAGCAGACACUCUGAAGGCGAUGCAGACUCGUGUCGCUGAGCUGGUGGGUCGUUUAGGGGAAUCCCCGCUGACGGCCGACCUUCUGCUGACCAAUGACCGCCUCCACAACCUGUUACUGAGACACUCCAGGUUCAUCAAUAACAGAAUUGCCGCGACUGGUGGGGCGACGCCAUCCGCCAUUUUGGGCGCCGCCAUGGGUGUGCCGGGCGCCACUUCACCUGAGAAAAAAGAUGACGACGCUUUAAUUGAUCUCAGUGAUGACGUACCCGAUGUUGCUAAACUAUCUGUUAAAGACGAUACAAUCGAUAAAUCACCAAGCAGUUCCAAGGAUGAGUUCGAUAUGUUUGCUCAGUCUAGGAACGUUACCUAUGAGACCACUAAGACGGGCGGCAGUAGCUAUGCUGAUAAUGCUGAAGCUCCCGUCGGAGGUCUGGGAACCGCUAUGAGGGCUCAUAACACACUGCCGACAGGAAUGGAUCAAAGGGAAUUUGAUGAAAUAUCGGCUUGGUUGGCCCAAGAGAAGGCAGCAACAGAAGCCAACGGACAGGAGAGUGUGACGAGCAGCGAUUUUGACAAGUUCCUCGCCGAGAGGGCCGCGGCCGCAGACAGCCUGCCGAAUGCUGGCCAGGGGCAAGGUCAAGGUCAGGGUCAGGGUCAAGCGACGCCCCGCCACCGCCACAUCAAGAAGGACGAGGACUCUAUGUUCGCGCUAUGAUGUGCUCGUCACACUAUUAAUUAUGUCGAUGUAGCUUCACAAACCGGCUUUAUAACAAGUCUGUGACGUCAGAUUACACACGUUUCGCCAGUCCUGGCAUACAACGUGUUCAUUACCAGAAACUGUCCGAGUUUAGUCUGAUGAUGCAGGCUUGUGACAAAGACUUGGUGUGGGUCGCGCGGGCUAGUAUGAAACAUGGCCGGUAUAGGAUGUAAACUUGUUCAGCACUGAUAUGUAUUGACUCGACCCUGCAUAUGCAAAGCCUAGCUGGCACGACCUGCAUCGAAUGUUCCACAUGUAACGGCGUAACACAAUAUUAGACCGCCUCAGUCAUAGUCACACUUAUUUCAUUAUAGUAACGAGGUCCGCUUAGCGUUUCGUAAUAUAGUUUCCGCAUCGAACUGUUAUAAUCAUUUUUAAUGUAUAUCGAGAUUAAGUCAUUCCAACAGGUGCCUGGCUUUUAUAUGAAGUGAACGAUUACAUUAUUUAUUCAACAAAAUAUAAAAUUUAUAUGAUAUAAGUUUUUAAGUGUUAUCUGUCACCGUAAUAUAGUUCGCAUAUGAAUAGAGUGUAAGGGUCGCUACACACGGACUCGAAAUACGCAAGACUAAUAAGCUAAGUCGUUUGUCAAUGGCUCGAACGGUGACCCUUAGCUAUUUAGGCUAAGUAUACAUUAUUGUUAUAUUUGUAAACUCGACCACGGGACUGAUGAAAAAUGUUGGUGUUUUGCAAGAAAUUUGAUAAAAAAAGUUCUGUUAUCAAACGGGACGUUCUUACAAUGUUUGAAAUUAAUAAAUGUCGCCGAAAAACUGCCUAUGAUUGGAAAACUUUACACGUGUGAUAUUAUGUAUAUGUUAUACAUUUUGUAGUUUAUUUUAUUUCAGCGGUUAAUUUGAUCGUAAUUGUAUUCAUACAAAUGUAUUUAAUUUUUUUUUUUGUCAGCAAACAAACGUCUCCACACUUCCCGCUUUGUAUUUUUAUGAAUUAACUCUCCAGCCCUUGUUACCUUCGCGUACCAAAGUAGAUGCUUAGAAUUCUUAACACAAAACUAAGACGCGUUUGUUUACGAAUAUUUAAUAUAUUAUGUAUACACGAAAUAAAGCUUUCGUAACGUUUUAGACGUCGUGUUUGUAGAUUGUAAAGACUCAUUCCAUUUCGACUCUUAAAAACAUUCGUUUUAUUGUGAUGAUGUACGGAACAAGCUUAAUGUUAAUUAAUUUAAAGAGUUAUUUUAUGUUUCGAUCGUUUUAUUUAAGAAAAUAAAUUAAUUAUCGCAAUGAAA